AGGUUCGUGACGAGUCAUGUCAUUAAGCAGUUCGAAGGAGAUUCUGAGGCCCUGUGCUCAGCAAUCGCAAUGUUCUUCUUCAUACUCACCAAGUGCAAACCCUAGAAAGCCUCCGAAAUCGUGUCUCUCUCAGCAACUAUUACGCCUGGAACCCUUGCCGCUUCCUGGAAAACAAUUGAAGCACCUUAAAGAAGAAGAAGAAGAAGAAGAAGACGCAAGCCCUAGGUUUGAUCCAACUGGACCUUAUGAACCAUUGCUGCUUUCCACUUCCGUGCAGGUACCUGCCUCCAUCAAUUGCAGGCUUUUAAAACAUCAAAGAGAAGGGGUCAAGUUUUUGUACAAUUUAUACAAGUCAAACUGCGGGGGUAUUCUUGGUGAUGACAUGGGAUUAGGGAAGACUAUCCAAGCAAUUGCAUUUCUCUCUGCUGUAUAUGGAAAAGAUGACAAAACAACCCCCCCUCCAAAGGCGAAAGGUCCCACGCUAAUUAUAUGCCCAUCCUCUGUAAUUCAAAACUGGGAGUCCGAGUUCUCUAAGUGGUCAACAUUCCACGUUGCUAUUUACCAUGGCACAAACCGCGAUAUAAUUUUUGAGAAAAUCCAAUCUCAUGGAGUUGAGAUACUUAUAACCAGUUUCGACACAUACAGGAUUCAUGAAAAGAAUCUGUCACAAACGAUAAAUUGGGAGAUUGUGAUCGUUGACGAGGCUCACCGUUUGAAAAAUGAAAAAUCAAAGCUUUAUGAAGCUUGUUUAGCCAUUGAAACUCGAAAUCGCUACGGUCUAACAGGAACCAUAAUGCAAAACAAAAUUAUGGAAUUGUUUAACCUGUUUGACUGGGUCGUACCUGGAGGGUUGGGGAGCCGUGAACAUUUUAGAGACUAUUAUGAAGAGCCAUUGAAACAUGGGCAGAGAUCAAGUGCUCCGGAAAGAUUUGUUGAGAUUGCUCAGGAGAGGAAGCAGCAUUUGGUGUCGGUUUUGCAUAAAUAUUUGUUAAGAAGAACGAAAGAAGAGACAAUUGGACAUCUUAUGAUGGGUAAGGAAGACAAUGUUGUAUUUUGUGCAAUGAGUGAGGUACAAAAGAGAGUGUAUAGGAGGAUGCUACAAAUACCAGACAUCCAAUGUCUGAUUAAUAAGGAUGUUCCAUGUAGCUGUGGAAGCCCUCUAAAGCAAGUGGAAUGUUGUAAAAGAACAGUUCCAGAUGGUGUUAUCUGGCCCUAUCUUCAUAAGGAUAAUCCUGAUGGUUGCGACUCCUGCCCCUUUUGUCUUGUUCUUCCUUGCCUCACAAAGCUCCAGCAGAUAAGCAAUCAUUUGGAGCUCAUAAAACCAAAUUCAAAAGAUGAUCCAGAGAAACAAGAGAAAGACAUGGCUUUCGCAUCACAAGUGUUUGGUAGUGAUAUUGAUGUGGUGGGAGGGUAUACACAAAACGAGAGUUUUAUGGGGCUAAGUGACGUUGAGCAUUGUGGGAAGAUGAGAGCUUUGGAAAAGUUGAUGUCAUCUUGGAUUUUACAUGAUGAUAAGAUUCUUCUCUUUAGUUACUCCGUUAGGAUGCUGGAUAUACUUGAGAAGUUUCUAAUUCGAAAAGGAUAUGAUUUUUCAAGGCUUGAUGGGUCUACCCCAACUGGCAUGCGACAAUCUCUUGUUGACAACUUUAAUUCAAGUCCAAGCAAACAGGUUUUCCUUAUAUCGACUCGUGCUGGUGGGCUGGGACUGAAUCUUGUGAGCGCUAAUCGUGUAGUUAUAUUUGACCCAAAUUGGAAUCCGGCUCACGAUUUACAAGCACAGGACAGGUCAUUUCGAUUUGGACAGAAGCGUCAUGUUGUGGUUUUCCGGCUUUUAGCAGCUGGUUCUCUUGAAGAACUUGUCUACUCUCGCCAGGUUUACAAACAACAGCUCUCAAAUAUUGCUGUUUCUGGAAAGCUUGAAAAACGUUAUUUUGAGGGUGUCCAGGAUUGCAAGGAGUUCCAAGGGGAGCUUUUUGGGAUCAGCAACUUGUUCCGUGAUCUGUCUGAUAAGCUUUUUACCAGCGAGAUCAUUCAGUCAUAUGACAGGCAAGGAACAACAACACAUGAGCAUGGACACGAAGGUGCUUCCGGUGAACAAGACAUGAUGUCAGAUCUUGGGAUGUGUUUUCUACCUCCACAAGCAAGGGACAAGAGCGAGCUUUUUAGUAGUAAGGAGAGCAACAAAAGAAUUGCCCCACUCAACCAAGACUUGGGUAUCGUUUAUGCUCACCGUAACGAAGAUAUAAUCAGCCACAAACGUGGGUGUGAUGUUGAUGUGAUGCAAGAGGUACCGACUGGAAUACAUUCAUGCUUGCCCCAACAUGUGCCAAAGAAGAAACAUGGUGAAAAGGCAAAUGCGUCGUUGAGGAGAGCACAUAAAAUAAAGCAGUACAGACGCCUUGCCACUUUUAUGGGCAUGCAAGUUGUUGAGUUUAGUAAGUGGUUUUUAUCUGCAAGUUUGGUUGAAAGAGAACAAGUAUUGAGAAACUACAAAAGACGAAGGGCUGUCGUCUGUUUGUAGUUCUCUUCGGUAUGGAUAUGAUAUCAUGGUAUGUUCAGUGGAUGUCGACAGUCUUGCUCAUUUACUGUUAUAAUAGAAAGCACCAUGUGUUGUUUUUUCUUUUAAUUCUGCAAGUUUAUUGAGUCAGGUAGCAAACCCUAGUGUAUUCUUGUAAAUGUUAUGUUAUUACAUAGGAUCACCCCAUUAAAUUAAAACCUAUAUAAGUUUGCAAA